UCUCGUCUCUAUAUAUUCAACCCCUCGGCCUCUCAUUUCUCCCUCUUCAAUCAAAUUCCAACUGCAAGUUUAGUUAUACUUUGCUAAAAAAUACCACUCAAGACAAAUGGGUGAGAAAGAUGAUGCGGCAAAAGGUGGAGCAGAGGAGAAGAAGCCUGCCGCCGCCCCCGCCGCUGGCGGCGGCGAGAAGAAGGACGAUGGGCCCACCACGGUGGUGUUGAAGUUCGACAUGCAUUGCGAGGGAUGUGCCAAGAAAAUCAAGCGAGCUGUUCGUCAUCUCGAUGAUGUGGAUGAUGUGAAGGCCGACAUUGCCAGCAACAAGCUGACGGUGGUGGGGAAGAAGCUGGACCCCGCCAAGGUUAAGGGGAAAGUCGAGGAGAAGACGAAGAACAAAGUGGAGAUCGUCUCCGUUCACCCCAAAAAGGAAGCCGCGCCCGCGCCUGCGGCCGGCGGAGGAGACAAGAAGGCCGCGGAUGAGAAACCGGAGAAAAAGCCCGACGAGAAGCCCAAAGAGCCUCCUGUGAGUACUGUGGUUCUGAAGAUUCGGUUGCACUGUGACGGAUGCAUGCUUAAAAUAAAACGAAUCAUAUCGAAGAUCAAAGGGGUAACCAAUGUUGCAAUAGAUGCGGGAAAGGAUUUGGUCACGGUUAUAGGGACAAUGGACACAAAGGAGCUUGCACCAUACUUGAAAGAAAGAUUGAGGCGGAGUGUCGAGGUUGUACCGCCACCGAAGAAAGCGGAAGGCGGCGGUGAGAAGAAGGACAAAGAAGGCGGUGGAGACCAAAAACCGAAGGAAGGUGGUGGUGGUGGCGGCGAUAAGAAAGAGGGUGGUGGCGGAGGCGGCGGCGAUAAGAAAGAGGGUGGUGGCGGCGGCGAUAAGAAAGAGGGUGGUGAGGCAAAAGCUGCAAGUGGUGAUGGGGGCGGGAAGAAGAGCGAGGAGCCAAAAGUUGAGGUGAACAAAUUGGAGUACUAUGGGUCGCCAUAUACGUCGUCAUAUUAUACAAUGCCAAAUCAUAAUCAAGGAUACAUCGAUCAGGGUUACGGCCCACCCAUCUACAAUCAUUACAAUCAAGGUUACGCUAGUUCGAGUUACGGUCAAGGCUAUGCUAAUCCAGGCUACGAUCAAGGUUAUCCGAAUCACGGUUAUAUUGUGGAGUACUCACACCCGCCUCCUCCUCCACCUUCUUACUACAUGCCUGCGCCUCAAACUUUCAGUGAUCAACAUCAAAUGUUCAGUGACGAGAAUCCUAAUGCGUGUUCGACCAUGUAAGAAAAAAAAAAUAAGUGAUAUAAAUUGCGAUUGGGGUCGAGGGGUCAAUCUGUAAAUAAGGAAAAUACAAGAGGCUUAAUAGACAAAUAGAAGUGCUAGGGGAUAUAAUUUCCUUUCGGGGAAAAAUGGUCACUUAGCUUUGUUGUUUAAUUUGUUCACAUAUGGGUUUGUAUUCACCCAAUUUUGGGACUAGUAUUUUCUAUCUGAAGAAUUACUAAUCAAUAUGACGGUUUUGCCCGCGGUUCAGAUGAGGACACGUGGCAUGCUUUGUUUAAUUAAUUAAUUAAUUAUUCCACUUCUUCUGA